AUGUCUGACCUCGACGCCACGCCUUCUAAAUCAGACUUGAAAGUCAAUAAACUGAACAAUACGUGUGCAACUCUAGGCGAGACCGAGUGGACCAAAAACGGCCGCUACACGGGAAGAACAGACAUUGCACUGACGGCGGAGGGCGAGCGCCAGGUCGAGGGCACUGCAAAGCUGCUCGUCGGCACUGGCAAGCUUAUCCACCCGGAUCGGAUAGCGCGUGUGUGGGUUAGCCCACGGAUGCGGGCACAGCAGACCUUUCGUCUUCUGUUUCGUAACAGCGGCUCUGAAGUCUCACAUGACAAGGUCACACUGACCGAGGAUAUCGCCGAGUGGGACUACGGCGACUACGAGGGCUUGGUGGUCGACGAGAUUGUCCGAACACGAAAAGCCAAAGGCUUGGAUCAAGACCGCAAGUACAAUACCUGGAGGGAUGGAUGUGAAGGCGGCGAAUCACCGCAACAGGUGGCUGAGAGGCUAGAUCGCUUGAUUGCACAGAUCAAGGAGGUCCAGGCGCCACAUAUGAAUGGAGAGAAGCCGGUUGAUGUCGUGCUGGUAGGGCUCCAUCCUAACACGGCCAAUGGCUAUUCUGCCCCGACGAAUCUGACUUUCGAGCAGGUCGCACACGGCCUCAUCCUCCGUUGCUUUGUCAAACGAUGGCUGAAAUACCCCCAUAGAUGA